AGCUGGAUCGAGAGUCCUUGGAAGUGACAGGGGUUUAUUUAUUAUUUCUUGUGUUCAUUUCAGGAAUGGAGAUCCCGGAGGAGGGUCCAUCUUCUCUCAAUCCGGGUGAAAAGAAUUCAACAGAAGAGGAGGUUGAAGAAUUAAGGACGAUGAGGUUCAGACUACGGACCACGAAUGUGGCCAUCGACAGAUUUUUAUGGCAUAGGCUGGUACCACCUCCGACGCCAGCCAAAAAGCCAAGGUGUGUAAAAAAGAAUGUUCUUUAUCUCGCAUCCGCCUCCCAGGGAAAAGUUUAACACUCGUGCAGAACUGCCGGCUUUAGCAUUUUUAGACAAUAUACUAUUUUUGUCUUUCGUUUAUAUCAUUGGUAAAUUCAUAAUUUUAUGUGUGAGCAUAUAAAUGUUGAAAAACGAAUAAGCCAUGAAAUAUUGCAUGCUGCUCCAGCCGGUCGUAAAUAUGUCUAUCCAUAUAUGCAGAUGUACGAGAGACAGUCCAAAAGUAAGUUUAACCCUCGGAGAAGACACUGGGUCAAAUUGACUCAUAAGACUUCUCAGAAGUAAAAUAGGGCCAAUACUCAAUUUUACGUUAAUGUUUUCUUAACCGGAAAUCACUUAAAAAAAGAACACGAUAUGGGCUAUGUUUAUUAAAAGGACAAGUAAACAAAAAUGAUGCGUCCAUCUUGUUUGCGGUCAAUGUGCGAUAAUCAUCGUGCUUACAUUGGCAACGAUUUUGUCGGAGAAGAAAAAAAAUUAAAAUGC